AUGAUAAACUCUACACAGGUUUCACAUUUCACGCUCGCUGCCUACUUCGACACGGGGCUGUUUAAAUACCUGUUCUUUAUGAUGGUCUUGUCUUUAUAUUUUUUAAUCCUUUGUGCCAAUGUGCUGCUGAUUGUGGUCAUCUGUGUGAACAGAAGCUUACAUGAGCCUAUGUACCUGUUUCUGUGCAGCCUGUUUGUAAAUGAACUGCUUGGUAGCACAGGGCUGUUUCCAUUGCUCCUGGUUCAGAUUCUCUCUGACGUUCACACUGUUUCUGCUUCUCUGUGUUUCCUGCAGAUUUUCUGUGUGCAUACGUAUGGACAUACAGAAUUUAUGACCUUAGCCGUCAUGUCUUAUGACAGAUAUCUUGCUAUCUGUUAUCCUCUGCAGUAUAACAGGCUGAUGACAGCUAACAAGGUCGCCAUGCUCAUUGCUUUAAGUUGGUUAUACUCUUUGUUUGCCAUUAGUGUCACGGUGUCUCUGACUGUCCCUUUACAGCCGUGUGGGAACAUCAUCAACAAAGUUUACUGUGACAACUACUCCAUCGUUAAACUGGCCUGUUCUGACACCACAGUCAACAACAUCUUCGGACUUGUUUAUAUGUUUUCUAUAAUCCUGGGUCUUAUAGUUUUAAUCCUUUACACCUACAUGAGGAUCCUUAAAGUGUGUUUCUCUGGUUCAGAACAGACCAGACAGAAAGCUGUCAGUACCUGCACACCUCACCUCGCUUCCCUGCUCAACUUCUCUUUUGGAGUUUUCUUUGAAAUAUUACAGAGCAGGUUCGACAUGAGCAGCGUGCCCGUUCCGCUGCGCAUCUUUUUAUCGUUGUACUGGCUCACCUGUCAGCCGCUCUUCAAUCCUCUGAUAUACGGACUGAAAAUACACAAAAUACGAAUCCUGUGUAAAAGUCUGCUCUCUGGGAAAAAACUGUAG